AUGGAGGUCGGCUCCACAGAAGCCAGCAGCAGCUCCCAGGGAAGCGCCGGCUGGCUGGAUCUUACCCUUGUCACCUGCACUGAAACGGUGACUUCCACCGAAGUGGUGGCAGAAGAGGAGUGGGGAUCCUUUUACUACUCUUUUAAGACAGAGCAGCUGGUGACUCUUUGGAUUCUCUUUAUUGUCACAAUUGCUGGAAACACCAUUGUGCUCUUCUCUACCUGGAGGAGGAAGCGGAAAUCCCGAAUGACCUUCUUCGUUACACAGUUGGCAAUCACAGAUGCAUUCACGGGACUCAUAAACAUAAUGACUGACAUCAUUUGGCGCUACACUGGAGAUUUCAUGGCUCCUGACAUCGUUUGCAGAGUUGUUCGCUACUUCCAGGUGGUCCUUCUAUACGCCUCGACAUACGUCCUCGUGUCACUAAGCAUAGACCGGUAUCAUGCCAUAGUUUACCCAAUGAAGUUCUUACAAGGAGAAAGACAGGCAAAAGUUCUGAUUGGAGUGGCCUGGAGUCUCUCUUUCCUGUUUUCCAUACCAACUCUGAUUAUUUUUGGGAAACGGCAGCUCUCCAAUGGGGAAGUGCAGUGCUGGGCUCUCUGGCCUGAUGACUCCUACUGGAUACCCUACAUGACGGUGGUGGCUUUCCUGGUGUACUUCAUUCCUCUGAUCAUUAUCAGUGUCAUAUACUCAAUCGUGAUACGAACCAUCUGGAUGAAGAGCAAAGCUCAGGCUGUCAUCAUAUCCAGCUGCCCUGGUGGUAAAACCUCUGCUGGCUACACCAGUCGUGGGUUCAUAUCCAGGGCGAAAGUGAAAGCGAUCAAGUACAGCAUCGUAAUUAUCCUUGCAUUUGUUCUCUGUUGGAGCCCUUAUUUUCUGUUUGAUAUCCUGGACAACUUCAACGUACUCCCCGAGACCAAAGAGCGCUUCUAUGCAUCUGUGAUCAUUCAGAACCUACCAGCCUUGAAUAGUGCCAUCAACCCCCUCAUCUACUGCCUCUUCAGCAACCGCCUCUGCCCCCCUUUUGAGGAAAGAAGAACUCGAAGGCUGGGGGGCACUUUCCGGGACAGGUGCAAUGGAGGGCAGGAGAUGCAGGUCCUGUCCAAACCAGAAUACAUCUAGCACAGCUGAUGCUCCACAAAGGCACACGGUGACCUGUGUCUAGGAAAGGAAAGGUUCCCAACGAGCCCUGUGCAUCGUGAGCAGACGGACACCGACUGGCAAGACCCCACGCCUUGCUGCUGUCGAGCAGCCCAUGUAUUUUGGAU